AGGCAGCCUCGCUGUUACCGCGGUGACGCGGCCGUGCCCGGAUAUGGGAAGGCGGCGGGCAGCGCCCAGCGAGCGGCGGCGGGCGGCAGGUACGUGCGCGGCCCCCCCUGCCAGGCGGGUGGCGGCUGCUGGAGGUGAGCGCUCUCCUGAAGGGCCCGCGGCGGCUGCGUGCCCCUCCGGCAGUGCGGCCUGUGCUUGGGACAUGGCCGGGCCCAGCCACGGCGAGGGGCCCGCUGGGGUCCGGAGGGCGGCCGGGAGAGAGUGAUGGCACCUCGUCGUUGCCCCUGUGGGAGGAUGGGGGCAGGGAGAGCGCAGAGCGUCUGCAUGGUGUCGGACUUCUUCUACCCCAAUAUGGGCGGCGUGGAGAGCCACAUCUAUCAGCUGUCGCAGUGCCUCAUCGAGCGUGGCCACAAGGUACUGGUGGUCACCCACGCCUACGGCAGCCGUAAGGGCGUCCGCUACCUGACCAACGGGCUGAAGGUGUAUUACCUGCCCCUCAGGGUGAUGUACAACCAGUCCACAGCCACCACGCUGUUCCACAGCUUGCCUCUGCUCAGGUACAUCUUUGUGCGGGAGCGUGUCACCAUCGUCCAUGCCCACAGCUCCUUCUCAGCCAUGGCGCACGACGCGCUCUUCCAUGCCAAGACCAUGGGGCUGCGCACCGUGUUCACUGACCACUCGCUCUUUGGCUUUGCGGACGUCAGCUCGGUGCUCACCAACAAACUUCUGACCGUGUCCCUGUGCGAUACCAACCACAUCAUCUGCGUCUCCUACACCAGUAAGGAGAACACGGUGCUGCGAGCGGCGUUGGACCCCCGCAUCGUCUCCGUCAUCCCUAAUGCUGUGGAUCCCACUGAUUUCACCCCAGACCCAUCCAGGAGGGAUGACAGCACCGUAACGAUUGUGGUGGUCAGCAGGCUUGUUUACAGAAAAGGUAUAGAUUUGCUUAGUGGUAUAAUUCCUGAGCUCUGUCAGAAGUAUCCAGAGUUACAUUUCCUAGUCGGAGGAGAAGGACCAAAACGAAUUGUACUCGAAGAAGUGCGGGAAAGAUACCAGCUACAUGACAGGGUACGUCUCCUAGGAGCCUUGGAACACCAGGAUGUUAGAGAUGUUCUAGUCCAGGGUCACAUUUUUCUCAACACUUCCCUCACUGAAGCCUUUUGUAUGGCAAUUGUGGAAGCAGCAAGCUGUGGUUUACAGGUGGUGAGUACAAGAGUUGGUGGGAUUCCUGAGGUGCUUCCAGAAAAUCUAAUUAUUUUAUGUGAACCUUCUGUAAAGUCUUUGUGUGAUGGACUUGAGAAGGCAAUUGCCCAGCUCAGAUCAGGAAAACUACCGUCUCCAGAAAGCAUUCAUAAUAAAGUGAAGACAUUUUACUCAUGGAGGAAUGUAGCAGAGAGAACUGAAAAAGUGUAUGAGAGGGUUGCAGAUGAAGUGGUUUUACCAAUGGAUGAGAGACUUGACAGACUAAUAUCUCACUGUGGCCCAGUGACUGGGUAUAUUUUUGCUCUUUUUGCUGUUCUGAACUUCCUUUUCUUGUUGUUUCUGAGGUGGAUGACUCCAGAUUCCAUUAUUGAUGUUGCAAUAGAUGCCACAGGUCCAAAUGGUGCAUGGACUAAACAGUAUUUUGGGGGGAAAAGAGGAAGAGUUAAAGAAGAACCUCCAAGCUCCAAAAAUGCUCAAGUGGAAAGAAAGAACACAGCAGUCCCUAGAGGUUUUAAGGCUUGCUGAUAGAUGUUGCUACUUAAAUUCUUAAGUUUCUUUCUGGAGUUCUUUGAAAGAAACUUAAUUAAAAUGUACUACCUCAAUUUAGGACUAGUUUUGAGUUCUUGAAAGUAUAUGAACAUCACUUUGCACUUAAAGCUGAGGGAGAACAUGGAUUUUUAUGUGUCAAGAGCCUUUGAGACAAAAAAUAUUUUUUUUUUCUCUGUAAAUUGAAUAUUACAGACAGUGAUGUCUGUACAGUGAUAUCACUGUACAGACAGUGAUAAGCUUUUGUGGUAAUUUAAAGAGCAAAACAGAAAAAUUAUUAUUUAUUGUAAUUUCCAUCAAUUCCUCAUAAUUACUGUGAUUUUUGAGACCUGUCUAAACAAAAUGUACCUUUUCUUUCCUGAGAUGAAAAUGGCAGUUGAAAACCCUCAUAAAUUCGUUAUUGCUCUGGAAUUCCUUAUCACUCUGAAUUCAUUGUUGCCACAGAAAUUGUAGAGAUGUAAUUCUAGCAGUUGUGUCCCAGUGACAGUGGUUUCCCUGCACAGCCUUCUACUUUUGAAGUCCUUUCAUGAAACGAGAAAAUUGGAUUAUCCUGUUGUGAAAACUCCAUAAUGAGUUUUUGAUAUUUUCUGAAUGGCUGAAUUUGUCCUCCUAACCUACACAUAAGAAAGUGAGGCAAAACUUAUGCCUUUUUUUUAAAUUAUUUUUUCCUUAAAAUACUUAGGUAGCUUUUCUAAAAUGUACAAAGGUGAAGGAAUGAUAUUGUUUAGUGACAAGCAUAAUAUAGUGUAGCCUUCAGAACCAGCUCAGGCCUGAAAACACCUCCAGCAGACUAUGCCAAAGCAUAAAUUAAUGUCUGUAUGCGUGUGUGUGUAAGUGCGUGAAUGAAAGAGAGAAAUAUGUGAGAGCUUAACAAGCCUUAACAAGAACCAUCCUACUCUUAUUUAUUAUUAUUAUUUUUUCCACUUUCCAUUCUUCUGCUUUUUACGUAAGUGGCAUUGCAGUCUCUGGGAGGGACAGUGUUAGUGUGUGUGAUUUCACUGAGGCCACACCAGAAGCACUGUCAGACAGGUUCUGCAACUUAAAUCUAGAGAGAAGGCAUCCCUUCAGUGGGAGUAACCAGUAGAUAGGCUUUUCUUGAGGGUGGGUUGUGGAGGAAGUUCCUUGUACCUGUUAGCUGUAAGUGAUUUUUAAUUGGAACAGCAGAACAUGCAGAUGUGAGAGGAGGCAAACCUCACUGAAGUCAGACAGCCAUCGAACUACCACUGCCUAAUGCACGGGCCUGAUUUCUUUUUCAACUGAAAAACUGAUGAUUUUUUUUUUUUUGACUCUAAGUAUUAUGUAGUGUUGGACAUGGUAUUAGUGUUAAAAUAGUGCAAUAUGAAAAUAUUGUUUUCGAACCCUUGAAAGGUAGUAUUUGAAACACAGCUUUUGUCAACGUCAUCUUUCUUCCCUAGCGAGAAUGUACCCUAACUGACAUUUGAUAAUUUCAGUGACCAUAUAUUCACAAAACAUGGAAAUAUUAUAUGAAAUACAUGUUACUUACAAUGUUCUUUUAAUAGAAUUUUUUAGCUUUUGAUACAUAAUGUAAAAUAUGCAUCGUCUUUCAACUUGAAUCUUUCAAACUCUAUGUUAAGGGUGGAGUUCAGUUCACCCUAAUGGUGCCACAUGUUAUGGUAAAUGGGUGGAGAUAAGGUAAUGUUUUACUUACAAAAGUUAGUUACUUUUUUUUUAACAACAACAUUCUAGUUUAUAGCAACUCUUUAAAAAUACUGACUAUCAUUCCAGGAAGAUGUUAUGCUAUUUUUUUAAUAAGAUUUUAUUGAUUCUGGUUUGUUUCUUUUUGUUCCCACAGCAGAUACAAAAGCAGAUGUAAUUUUUCAAUGGGAUUGUGAGAAUCUAUUCAAAAUAAUUCUAUUUUUUCUUUUGAGGAACACUGUGUAUUUAUAACAUAAUAAAGCAGUUCAUCCAAAUGUCUGUUUCUUUUUCUAUAAAGAAUUGGUAUUUUUCAUUAAUAUGUGGAAACAUAGAAUUAGGAAGUACAGAAAUAUGACGCAUACUGCCGCUUGUGGAUGGAUUUAUAAUGAUGACUAAAAUGUUUUGCGCAAGCAAAACUAUUUAAGCCACAACUGGUUUUACUACGCAUAUACUGUUUCCCAAUUGCAUGUAACUCUUUGGAGGGCUGAUUUAUUUACCUAUCUUGUGCAGUAGAGCAAGGGAUGAUGUCACCAUCACUCAACCGUAUACAGCGUUGAAAAGCAGCGAAUUAAACAGAAAACUUUAUUUAAAGUAAUCACAAUAACAAGAGAUCGAGCAGAGAGAGUUAUUUUAUUCAUUUCUAAACACAUAUUCCUAAAAUGCAAUUUAAUAAAACUAAAAUGUUUCAAUUAUGGUUGUGGGUAGCGUUGGAGCACUGUGAAAUACUAAGAAAGUGUUACCAAAUAGGGAGUGAUACUCAGUAACAUGUUGCAUAGAGCAAAGCCUCCUGCCUGGAGGAGGAGGGAAGACCGCAAGCCCUUCUAUAUAGAAGCUUAAUUGCCCCCUUUCGUAGAAGGGACUACAUAGUUUACCCAGAAGUGUUUUGAACUACUUUAUUUUAGUGAUGAAAAUUUUGCAUUGAUCCGUAUUAAAAUUCUAUCCCACAGACACAAGGAGAAGUUGUGUUUCCAAUACAUUAUUUGCAGACACUGUGAAGUAAAGACUGCAUGUUGGUAGUUGAAAAUUGUGUGCUAAACCAGAGCAAGUAUCAAGUGAAGUGUGAAUGUAGGAUUUGCCUUUUAGAUUGUGUUUUAGAGGAUAUGGAUAGAUCUGUAAGAGGAUAGCUGCACUGUAAUGAACUUUUUUUUUUUUUUUUUUUUUAUCAAGCUUUUCUUCAUCUUUAACAAAUAAACUUAUUUUUCCUCCUUUUGAUA